AUGGCUUCCUCUUUUGCUGUGUUCCUGGAUUGCUCAGGCAACCUCGCGAUCAACAGCGCAGACGACAUCACCACGCUCAAUCAAUGCACGACAUUUACCGGAAACGUCUCGCUUGCAGCGAAGGGGCUUGAGGCCAUCACCCUGAACGGCAUCAAGGCAAUCACGGGCACAAUCACCAUCGCCAACUCAGAUGCCAUAGUAUCGAUUUCGUCCACAACGCUGGAAGCCAUCUCGACACUGACGUUGAGCAACCUGCCCCAGCUUACAACCCUCACGCUACCCGCCCUCACCAACAUAUCGAAGCUGGACUUCACAGGACUCUCUUCUUUGAGGGGUUGUGAGAUCGCGAGUGGGUCCUUGAAGCAGGAUAUAAAGGAGAUCAGCAUCAUUAGCACUGCAAUGGAGAAGAUGGACUGGAUCAAGUGGCCCAUAGCGACAGCUCUGACUAUCGCUGCCAACAACAAGCUCACCGACUUCACGCUCCCCUAUGAUAGGAUCAACUCCGGCAGCUCAUACCAAUUCUCGAUCAACCAUGCCUUGACCAACUUGGACUUUUCCAACUUGUCGGGAAUCUAUGGUAGUCUCGCGAUCAACGGCAACCCGGAUCCAUCAUUGAACUUCGACAAUCUCGAAACCAUCGAUGGCUACGUUAGAAUUAGUGGAGCCUUGAAGAACAUCACCAUGCCGAAAUUGCAAACAAUCAAUGGAGCGCUCAGGGCAGAAUCCACCGUGGACAUCCUCGCUUUCUGCAACUGGCUUAGCAUCCAAAACCGUCUGUACGGACACUACGAUUGCACGGCCAACAACACAUCGGUGUAUACGUCUACAGUAUCAAAGUCUCCCUCGAGCACAGCUGUGUCAUCGCCCGCCGCGGGCACCGCUGCCAUGGAAGGAGCCGACACCGCCGACGGCAAGAAAACUGACCUGUCCUCCGGUGCGAUAGUAGGCAUUGCCAUCGCAAUGGUGGUCCUGAUCAGUGCUGUCUUGACACUCUCAGCACUGCUGUUUAUGCGUCGACGCUCACGCAACAGGGCACAGCAAGCCGCCGCCGCCGCCGCCGCCGACGUGUCCAACGUGUCCGACGAGAAGAAGAUCCACAGCACCUCAACGCUAGGCAAAAAACUUCCACCUACCUUCAGCCACCACAUCCACUACGCCAUGAAGGUCUUCGUCCUCGUCAUCGCUCUCAUGAGCUUCUUCUUUUCCGUCACACUCGCUGGGUCUGGCGGCCGCGACCUUCCUACCUGCAAGGAAGAGUCGCUCAAGUGCGGUGGCGCCAAUGAUGGCGCCUCCCGCGUCACCGACCCUGUGCCUAUCUGCACCCGGGUGAAGGGCUUGACCGAAGAUGCUGGAGAUGUCACCACUGGUUUCGAUAUUUCCGGUGAAGUUGUCGCCGCCGAUGUCAAGAAGAACGGCGCGGCAGCUCCCUCUGCCCACCCCGACAACAAGGAGUGCGAGUGGCAGGGCAAGCAGUGCGACCUGCACUGCAACCAGAAGACCUGCCACGCGAAUCUCACCACCGGCGAUUGGCGCCAGGCUAUCGUCUCGUGUGGUCACUUCUGCAAGUGGCCUUGCUACUGA